AAUUCUGAAGUUCCUGUUGCUUCAGACAAUGGAUGAACAAUCACAAGGAAUGCAAGGGACACCUGUUCCUCAGUUCCAACCACAGAAGGCCUUACGACCGGAUAUGGGCUAUAAUACAUUAGCCAACUUCCGAAUAGAAAAGAAAAUUGGUCGUGGACAAUUUAGUGAAGUUUAUAGAGCAGCCUGUCUCUUGGAUGGAGUACCAGUAGCUUUAAAAAAAGUACAGAUAUUUGAUUUAAUGGAUGCCAAAGCACGUGCUGAUUGCAUCAAAGAAAUAGAUCUUCUUAAGCAACUCAACCAUCCGAAUGUAAUUAAAUAUUAUGCAUCAUUCAUUGAAGAUAAUGAACUAAACAUAGUUUUGGAAUUAGCAGAUGCUGGUGAUCUAUCCAGAAUGAUAAAGCAUUUUAAGAAACAAAAGAGGUUAAUUCCUGAAAGAACUGUUUGGAAGUACUUUGUUCAGCUCUGCAGUGCGUUGGAACACAUGCAUUCUCGACGAGUCAUGCAUAGAGAUAUAAAACCAGCUAAUGUGUUCAUUACAGCCACUGGUGUGGUAAAGCUUGGAGACCUGGGGCUCGGUCGGUUUUUCAGCUCCAAGACCACAGCUGCACAUUCUUUAGUGGGUACACCUUAUUACAUGUCUCCAGAGCGAAUACAUGAAAAUGGAUACAACUUCAAAUCUGACAUCUGGUCUCUUGGCUGCCUACUCUAUGAGAUGGCUGCCCUACAGAGUCCUUUCUACGGUGACAAAAUGAAUUUAUACUCACUGUGUAAGAAGAUAGAACAGUGUGACUACCCACCUCUUCCUUCAGAUCACUAUUCAGAGGAAAACUUCCCUCUGGUCCAUGUUUUCCAAAAAUCGAAACAUGCAUCUCUUAGCUACGACAGCUAGUUAAUAUGUGCAUCAACCCGGAUCCCGAGAAGCGACCAGACAUCACCUACGUUUACGACAUAGCCAAGAGAAUGCAUGCGUGCACUGCAAGCAGCUAAACGUGUGGAAGAUCAUGAAGAACAUAACCAAAAUAAUUUAAAGUAUUUUUGUGCAAGUCAUACCUCCCCAUUUUUGUCUGGGUGUUAAGAUUAAUAUUUCAGAGCUAAUGCGCUUUGAAUCCUUAACCAGUUUUCUUAUAAGCUUCAUUUUGUACCAAUGUAAGUCACCUUCUUGCAAACCCCAAAUGACCUUAGAAUAAUCAGACCGCGUGUUAGGGGAGUAAAUGAAAACGUGAUGGUUUUUAAUGGCUAACGGUUUUUAGAAUUACUUGGACUUUUCUGCUGAUCAAAUUGUGUUCAGGCAGACUCUUGGUCCAGAGACGGAAAGUCCAGGUUGGCACGCGUCCGAAUGGAUUCACAACCUGAGCAGAAGAAUCUGACCUGUGAUUUGUUUGCUUUUCUGUCAUUUGUGGACAUGUGAGAUGAACACAAGUGUGAACUUUUGUGAUUAUUUUAUUUUUAAACGUUUGAAGUAUGUGUUUUAGUUCUUAGCAUUGUAGUUUUCAAGUAUAACUCUUAAGAUACACGUAGAUAAACUAUUUGAGCUUAAAAUUUAAAAUUUUUAGCUUACACAUUCAAAAUGCAACCAUUAAAUGUGAAAAGGUUUGGGGUCAAAAAUGUGAGUCAGACACUGAAGAAUUGUUUUGUUUUGUUUUAAUAUCUUUGAUACUGUCUUUGCAGUAAAUGGUAUAAAUGAAUCCAUUUAAAAAGUGGUUAAGGAUUUGUUUGGCUGCUGUGGUUGUAAUUUUUAAAGUUGCACAUUGCCCGAGGCUUUUUGUGUGCAUGUGUGUUUUUAUUAUUGUUUGUACAUUUGAAAAAUAUUCUUUUGAGUUAUCUCAUAGUAGUAUAAUUGAGUUUCUUUAUAAAUUUAAAUGCAUUUAAGUUCAUAAUUGUAUGCUGUAGUGUAAACAUAUGUUUUUAUUCAUAGAUUUUAUUGAAGUUCUGAUUGGUUCCCUUAAGAACUUUUUUUAUACUCUUCAAGUUGCUUUUCUUAUUUAUAUCAUGUGUACGUUUUACCCAUUAAUAUUUCAGAUUUUCCUGAGAACACAAUACCAUUUUAAAAGAUAUUAGGUAUACCAGUACUUUUCCUGAAUUGAAAAGACUUUUUAACUUUUUAAAAUUUGGGCCACCCUGUCUGUGUGUGUUUUGUCUUGUCAGAGAGGAAGAAAGGGUGUCUGCUGCGCUGUACCCGUGAAUGUGGAUACAGUUUCAAUUCGUUUGACAAAGUUAUGAUAUUAGAAUAUGUUUUAAAAAAUGAAAACUGGCCACUGCUGUAGCCAGAAUUUUUAUGGGAUUAACAUUUCUGUUGAGAAGCUGUUACACUAAGUACUGUAUUUCUGCAUGAAGAUAACAAAGAUGGUUACGCCUUAUUUAGUUUAAGGAAAUGGACAGAGUUUCAUAAACGCUGUCGUGGAGAUGUGCUAUCCCUGACCGUCUUCAUGUGAGUGGUGACCAGUUCCUCACAGAAUCGUCAAGCCAAAGGCCCGAGUGGCAGCCACCGUUAAAGGACGCCGUGCCACCGUACAACCUUGGGAUUGAUUAUCCCAGCAACGUGGAAACCUCAUCUUCAGAGAAUGCCUACCCUUAGCUGAGAUCACUGCUGAUUUUGUUUUUUAAAAAAGUAUUUUUCUUACAGUCAUCUGAAUACCUUCAAGUCAGCUGUAAACUUGAAAAAUGUAUAAAUGACAAAAAAAGUGUAAACUCAUCUUUUUUUUUUCUAACUUUAAUCAGUUAUGGAUGAUUUCUGAAGGGUAAUUUUAUCUUAGGAUAGGCAAACCCGGUUGGUCCUGUAUUUGAUGGCUGAGCGCAUAGUUUUCCCAGACUCUGAUGACUUACAAUCUGUACAUUGAACAUCCACAUACUUAUCUCCAGAAGUAUGAGUAGAAUUGUUUUUGUUGACCAUUGGUGUCAAGUUCAUUUGGAUUAGGAUGAAGUGUCCUCUAGUUUAACGAGAUACUCUCCUUUUUCUUGCAGUCUUUAGGAAUACAUGGAUCAAAAAUUCAUUAGUUUAACCACUCACAGUGACUUCUAAGCUUUUUAGUGAAUCUGUCUGCUAGAAGGAAAUAGCUGGGAAGAAUUCAAUGAUCGAGGAAACCCCUUACUGUCUACAUGUGGGAAUAUUUUGUUUUGGACUUUUUAACAUAAGUGUUCAUGUAUUUUUUUUCCGAAGAAACCACUGUGUAAGAACCAAGUUUUAAUUUUGAGUGGGAUCAUUUCAGAGAAUUAUGAAGAUGAUGAGAAGCUGUAAUUUUUUAAUCACUGAUAAAAUAAUCUAUGUUUCUGUUUAUAAAUAAACGUUGUCUUAAUUAAGUUAGACAUUUGAAUUGAUUUUACAAUCAGUGAAAUGAAAGGUACAUCUGAUUCUAAACCUUAUCUUGACUUUGGUACCAGUUACC